AUGGAGGGUGUUGCUUCAUCCAUAGCGUCGGUGGAUCGCCACAUUGCUCGUAUUGAAUAUUACCUUAAACGUAUGCGUCAGAACUCGGUGGCCCACACAGGUUUGGUUCGCCUCCCCAGCCAUGGCUCUGCUCUUAAGGGGUACCACAGUUCGUUGCGGAGUGGCACAACGGCGCAAUCGCAGCCAAAAAGUUGUGUAAGUCCGAAGAAACAUCAUCAUACUGUAAAAAAUAUAGAGAUGGGAUUGAAGCCCGAAUUUAAAAGUAGAACGGACGAUAUCAAAAGUGAGACCAAGUGGACUCCUCUUUGCAAAAACAUCGAGGGGCUCACCCAGACUCACGCGAAGCAUUUACCCAAAAGGGCUGAAUCAGCUAUCGUCGGAAAAGACACGAAGCAACCUAAUAUGGGGUUGCGGGGGAAGAGCGAUGAGUAUCUUUCAAGACAGAGGCGCAAGCAGUCAACUGGCUUCUCAGAAACCAACGUUACAUCUGCUUUAUUUCUCGGUGCCACCACAGUGCUAGGAGACUCACCACCAUUAAUGAACACUACAUCCGCAUUGUUACACUCCGGAGAGUCGUCAUUCGAUUCUUUACUGAGCAAGGCAUCGAGCGCGUCCUUCUCUUCCUUUGAGUACGAUCCUGCCGGGGAGUUUGCAACACGCACGUUGCAGUGGCGCAGGGCAGCUUACGGGCUCUUGGCGUCGCACUACGAGAAGGCUUUCGGGUUGCUGUAUAUGGCAGAACUGGAGGAAGGCCACAGUUCGGUAACAGCCGCUGAUCUCCUUAGUGUCACAAACUUGGAUCACCGUUUUCCUCACUUUUCCACAGAAAACACAUCAGGAUAUGCACGACCUUCUGCAUUACGAAACGACAAACUAAACAGCGCCUCCGCCUCGUCCACGCACGAUUUAAUUCAUGCUGAAAGGAGUGAUCGAGGUGGUAGUUGGAGUCAUCAUUCCAUAUUGCGUCGAGAACCGCAAGAAGACCGCUCCUCACUGCCAAACUAUUCGAAACACAUCCCCAACAAACAAAACGUUGGCGCCCGCACUCCACCGCUGGGCAACCGUUGCUACGAGUUGCUGACCGAAACUCAACACAGGGAUGCUGUGGUCGGGCGUACCAUCGAAAGUCAAGAAGAUGAGGGUGUUACAAACUUGUUACGAUGGGCAGGUGAAUCCGCUGAUUCUGCUGCUGAGCGUAGUGCAUAUCGAUUACAGGAACGAAGACGCUACCUCCAGUGUCAACAGUUGCUUAGUGAAUUGCAACGUGAGGAAUGUGCAAUAAGAGGCACCAUCGAAAGCCAAGAAGAUGAGGGUGUUACAAACUUGUUACGAUGGGCAGGUGAAUCCGCUGAUUCUGCUGCUGAGCGUAGUGCAUAUCGAUUACAGGAACGAAGACGCUACCUCCAGUGUCAACAGUUGCUUAGUGAAUUGCAACGUGAGGAAUGUGCAAUAAGAGGCACCAUCGAAAGCCAAGAAGAUGAGGGUGUUACAAACUUGUUACGAUGGGCAGGUGAAUCCGCUGAUUCUGCUGCUGAGCGUAGUGCAUAUCGAUUACAGGAACGAAGACGCUACCUCCAGUGUCAACAGUUGCUUAGUGAAUUGCAACGUGAGGAAUGUGCAAUAAGAGGCACCAUCGAAAGCCAAGAAGAUGAGGGUGUUACAAACUUGUUACGAUGGGCAGGUGAAUCCGCUGAUUCUGCUGCUGAGCGUAGUGCAUAUCGAUUACAGGAACAAAGACGCUACCUCCAGUGUCAACAGUUGCUUAGUGAAUUGCAACGUGAGGAAUGUGCAAUAAGAGGCACCAUCGAAAGCCAAGAAGAUGAGGGUGUUACAAACUUGUUACGAUGGGCAGGUGAAUCCGCUGAUUCUGCUGCUGAGCGUAGUGCAUAUCGAUUACAGGAACAAAGACGCUACCUCCAGUGUCAACAGUUGCUUAGUGAAUUGCAACGUGAGGAAUGUGCAAUAAGAGGCACCAUCGAAAGCCAAGAAGAUGAGGGUGUUACAAACUUGUUACGAUGGGCAGGUGAAUCCGCUGCUUCUGCUGCUGAGCGUAGUGCAUAUCGAUUACAGGAACAAAGACGCUACCUCCAGUGUCAACAGUUGCUUAGUGAAUUGCAACGUGAGGAAUGCGCAAUAAGAGGCACCAUCGAAAGCCAAGAAGAUGAGGGUGUUACAAACUUGUUACGAUGGGCAGGUGAAUCCGCUGAUUCUGCUGCUGAGCGUAGUGCAUAUCGGUUACAGGAACAAAGACGCUACCUCCAGUGUCAACAGUUGCUUAGUGAAUUGCAACGUGAGGAAUGUGCAAUAAGAGGCACCAUCGAAAGCCAAGAAGAUGAGGGUGUUACAAACUUGUUACGAUGGGCAGGUGAAUCCGCUGCUUCUGCUGCUGAGCGUAGUGCAUAUCGAUUACAGGAACAAAGACGCUACCUCCAGUGUCAACAGUUGCUUAGUGAAUUGCAACGUGAGGAAUGCGCAAUAAGAGGCACCAUCGAAAGUCAAGAAGAUGAGGGUGUUACAAACUUGUUACGAUGGGCAGGUGAAUCCGCUGCUUCUGCUGCUGAGCGUAGUGCAUAUCGAUUACAGGAACAAAGACGCUACCUCCAGUGUCAACAGUUGCUUAGUGAAUUGCAACGUGAGGAAUGUGCAAUAAGAGGCACCAUCGAAAGCCAAGAAGAUGAGGGUGUUACAAACUUGUUACGGCGCGUCAUGCGCUCGAACACGCUGAGGAGUGGAAGCAUGCUUAGCGUUGAUGUGGCUGGUAUUUGUGCAAGCUCAGAUGAUAAGAUUGUUCUUGAUUCUGAGCAACGUGCGAAUACGGUUUUGACGACCGUGCUCCAUGAACUGAGCACUACCAGGGAGCCGCUUGAAGGUGCUGGCAAAUCACUGUUUGGCGUGAGUGACAGGAGUGGUUGUGAUAUAUCAAUUUCCACUACCACGGGCGCUGAAGCGAUUCGUUACUCUGCUGCUCUCGAACACCGCGUCACCACCCCACUCCGUGUUGCAGACGUAGCUGACCAGCAUGAAUUACCCGCUGUCGAGGCGACGUAUCCGACUGCUGAACCAACCAAGGGUUAUGUGUGGACCGAAGACCAAUCGAACCAAGUUGUUUCUUCUUACAGUGAUAUGGUCUCUUGUGUUGAGGAACAGUGCUACAUUUCUUUAUUCAAACUUGUUCAAAGAGAAGCACGAAAUCGGUGGCACAAUGAACGAGCUGAGUAUUACGCGAGGAAUGAAAUGCGGUGGGACGAGCUGAACUGUUAUCGAUCACUGGUGCAAUGGCCACCCAGUCUAUCCUUGUGUUUUGAAGAAUAUGCGGGUGAUGUUGCGGGGUCCGGAGGUGGUCAUUGUGAAAUUGAAGCGAAUAACACCGCUCUGUUUAAGGAUGAGGCACGCGCUACUGAACCGUACACUGACGCUUCACUGUUGUGCAAGCGGCCACAUCGGAAUGAACCCGCUUUAUCAAUGGUGAAAGAUGUCACUGAGCCACUGGAAGACCCGGUACCUGCGGAAUAUCAGGCGAACGAACAGAGCACUGGCUCCCUGGUGACUUUUGAUGAAGCUGAACACCCAAAACAGCAUGAGAAAGCUGUUGUUUGGUCAAUCAACAUUACGGAUGGACGGUGCAGCACUCCCCCGCAUCUUCGUGACCGGCCGUGGGCCCCUCUGCUUAUGCGCAAGUCGGCUGUUCAGGGUUCUAUUGCCAAUGAUAGCGAUUUCACGGGCUACAAUGUCAAGCGCAGGAAAAAGGUUCGAGGUACAGAGUGUGCAGGAACGGCGACGCACGGCGCUGCCUCCGCAUCAGGGGAAGCGAGAUUUGUUACGUUGAGCCGUUCCAAUCCCUGUGGGAGUCUGCAGGUUUGUCAAAAAGCACGUCAGCAGGGUAACACCGCGGCACCGAUCGGUUAUGCAGAAAUCUACAAACUUCAUCUUCGGAAACAGAGAGCCCAAUCAUUGAGGGGUGCACAGCACCUUCAACCUUUUUACAGCAAAGUGACUGUUUCAUUCCUGGAGUCGGCGGAGUGGCGCUACCAGAAAAUGUACGUCGACAAUUACCUAUUUCCCUCACUAAGCCCAAUGAGAGGUGCGCCACGCGUACGAAAGUGUGCUGAUGGUGUUUGUAGUGAAGUCGAACGUGCCGCGAGCAUCUGGGACUUGGCAGGUUACUAG